AUGCGCUCCUCUGUCAGCAUUCAAUGGUUUAUUGUUGUUGACAUAUACCAUUGCACAAAUUCUUUAACACCUUGCUCGACAAAGACAGUACAAAAUAGUGAUGUCAAUGCCACCAAUGAUCUCGGACUGGCAGCUCUACACUAUGCUGCAUCUGUUGUUGGACCUGUCCACGACAAAGGCGAUGCCGUGCGUGUACUGUUGGGAGCUGGGGUUGAUGUCAACGUGAACACCACCACCGACUCCUGCUUUACGCCGCUCCAUGUUGCCGUUGAUGGCCGGAUAGCAUCGGACGGCACGAUUCGCGCCCUUUUGGAGGGGGCCGAUGUUGAUUCGCGCGCUCGACACGAUCAGACGCCACUGCACAUAGCUUGCAAGCAUGCGAGCGUUAGCGGCGUGGAGCUUCUACUGCGAUGGGGAGCAGAUGAGCAGCUCACGAACAACCGUGGAGACAUGCCCGCAGACGUGAUAAGAGCGCGGCAACAGGGUGACCUCGACGACGAAGAACAUGACGCCGACAACCAGCGCAUUUGCCGAAUGCUGACACGCGCUCCAGCCGACAGGUCAUGGCGUCGCCGCGGUUGGCUGGUGCUGAGUCGUUACUGCCCGACCAGGGUACAGAUCGACAACGGCAGCAGUAGCAGAGGCAGCUACAACGGUAACUCCGCCAAGGUGGCGACGCUCAGCGGCGAGGAUACGGGUCGGGGUGAUGAGGAGACGGAAGACCGGAUAAUGGCUGACUUGAGGGAUUUGGUGGACUGGCUGGUCGGACUGGAGGCAGAUAGCUUGUUCCGCUUGGUGGUGGCCUUUCUGUAA